GUGCUGAACACGGUACGUAUUUUUCUGGUCGAAUCCAGUGAGUCCGAUGCGCUAUGACGCAUCUUCAUGGCGUCAGCUCCCAUGACCAUGACCAUGACCAUGUAAACCUGCCCACAGUCCGGUAUCUGGCAGAAGACGUAACACGGCAAGGAUGGCUUUAUAUCCAUGUCCUCGCCUGCUCUUCCUUAUCUUCCCACCAAAGCCUCAUUACAUGACCUUGCGAAUUCUGCUACCUUGAAAGCACAAACCUACAAAGACAUACUUUUGAAGAAGAGAAACGUUGGUACCUAGCAAAGAUGGAAUCUGUAAAACACACAAUCAGCAACAUCAUGGGCAGCAACAAGGAGGAUACCACCUCCGGCACCCGGAACGCUUCGUCCACUUCGACUGCGACUGGUCCAACUACCACUGGAUCGUCUGCAACCGGAGGGUAUGAACGUGGUGCCGCUUCGACAGGCUCGAACACCACUGGAUCGACUGGGGACGAAACAUACGAACACGGGGGGCAUGCCCCCAUCCACGACGCAAUUACCCAAGGCCGUGAUACAGAGCACCAAUCCUCUCAAACCAUGGGCCAUGGCACGGGCCUCGAGCACCAGUCUCACCAGCCAACCACUCAAGGCACCAGCUUCGAGCAUCAGUCCGGCUCCGGCUAUGGAAGCACUCACGGCACUGACUCCCAGUACCAAGCACCAGCCCACGAAGCAACCUCCCACAGCGAGCAGAACAUCCAUCAACAAGCCCAACAUGCCCAUCAAGAACACCAAGCCCAACAAACGACGUCCCACGGCUCCGAUUCCACCGAGCACAAGUCCCACCACGGUCUGCCAAACCUGCUGCACCACAAGAAGUCCCCCGAGACUUCAAGCUCCGACCAAAUCGACGAGUCGAGCUCGAGCCACCACCAAAACACCAGCCAGGGUCGCGAUCCUGCAGUCAUUGGUAACGACCACGAGAAGAAGUUGACUGGCACUGGGGCUCCUGGCUCGCACUCGGCCGUGUUCGGACUCACGCCUACGGGUGAAAAGAUCACUGACACCGACUCGACCACGACGGCUCCCAGGCCUGCGCAUAGCAAGAGGAGGGAUGAAACAGCAGGCGAGGGUGACAACUCAUCUCGUGCCCCGGCUGGUGGGGAUAAACUGAGUGAGCAGAUGCACAACCCGAGAGACCAGGGCCCCAAGGGUUUGGAGCGCACUGAUCCUGUAUCGAGUAUGGAAACCUCGGACUCCGCCAAGCCUGGUGCUGGAGGAGUUGGAUUGAGUCAGGGCACAGGAGAUGUCAGGCCUGGCGAGAAGGGUGGUGAUGCUUAGAUGUCUUCGAUGAAGCGAGAGGAAUUGCAUACUCAGACUGGGGGCGGAGGUCAUGAGCAGUCAAGGACGAACAGACACAGCAAUGGCAGCAAUGCACCACCACGUUAGUUGUGUCGUUGGAGGGCAGUUUCUGGUCAAGAUAUUUGUAAAGUAUUGGUCAUUAUUUUUCGAUAUGUGAUUUCCUCCUGUGUUUCAUGACAAAGUUCCCUUCUACGAGCUCGCAUUGUCUCUGAUGUACGCCUUAUCUCUGAUGUAUAUUCAUAGCCUUGUACUGGGCUUUGACGAG